UAUGCUAAAACACCUAAACCGUGUUAUCUGACGUGAUGACUUUAUACGAUCGCAUCAUGAAUACUGGGGGAAGCUGCCUCCGUCUCUAUUCUUGAGCUGUGAAGGCCAGCCAGAAAGCACUUUAAAAUUUCGAACCUCAUAGAGAGGCAAUUCUAUUAUAAGUAUUUUCAAGUGAGACAUGAAUCAAACCAUCCGCCUUUCUUUUCCUCAGUGGCAUACACUAUGCAGCGCAGGUGUUUGAUGAAAUGUCGGAGAGAGGCGAGUUUUGUCGUUUGGUCUUUUAUUUGUCGUGGGUCAAGCAUGAUCAAAUUUAAAGGAUAUGAAAUCUUUAAAUCUGAAGACCGCAUAGUGUGGAUUUAGGCAUACGUUGACAAAUUCUUCAAACAUUAAUUGAUGCUUUCUGCUUCUGGUAAUGUAUGUCAAUUUGCAGAAGAAGUCUCCUUAUCUUAGAAAAAUGCAGAAACAUGAAGCAACUGCUUCAAGCCCAUGCUCAGAUUAUCACCGGGGGCCUGAGCAAUGACAAUUUUGCACUCAGCCGUAUAUUGGCUUUCUGUUCAGAUCCAUCACAUGGAAGCGUAAGCCAUGCUCAACUUCUAUUCGAAACUAUCAAAAACCCCACUCUCUGCAUUCAGAACACUAUGAUCAAAGCUUACUUACUCAAAGGAGAGUACAUCAAAUCCAUUGAAAUUUAUCGUAGAAUGCUACAUGAUGGUAUGUACCCUGAUAACUAUACCCUUCCUUAUAUCUUGAAGGCUUGUAUAAACCUUAGUGAUGCAAAAAUUGGAUCGAUGGUCCAUACCCAUAUCCUAAAAUUUGGAUUUUUAUCUGAUACUUACGUUGGUAACACGUUGGUCCUUAUGUACAUGGCUUUUGGAGAAACCAAUUUUUCAAGGGAAAUCUUUGAUAGGAUUUCUCAACGAAAUGCAUCAACAUGGACUUUAAUGAUUAAUGGCUAUUCAAAAUUGGGAGAAAUCGAGAAUGCAAGAUUGAUUUUUGAUGAAGCGCCGAUGAAAGAUAGGGGAAUUUGGGGUUGUAUGAUUUCUGGAUACGUCCAAAAUAAUUGCUUUAAGGAAGCACUAUCAAUGUUUAGACUAAUGCAAAUAGAAGGAUCAGAACCUGAUGAAGGUGCAUUUGUGAGUGUUCUUUGUGCAUGCGCUCAACUUGGAGCUAUAGAUAUCGGUACAUGGAUCCACCAUUACUUGAAUCGAGUAGGUUUCAAGCUAAGUAUUCAAUUAGCUACUUCUCUCAUAGACAUGUACGUGAAAUGUGGUAAGUUAGCUUUGGCUCGGAAAAUCUUCAAUAUGAUUACUCAGAAGGACACCAUAUGUUAUAAUGUGAUGAUUUUUGGAGUAGCUAUGCAUGGAGAUGGCCGUGGAGCUCUUGAUCUCUUUGCUACAAUGCAAAAAGAAGGAUUUAAACCCGAUUCAUCGACGUUUCUUGCAAUUUUAACUGCUUGUAGCCAUUCUGGUUUAGUUCAAGAAGGGCUCAAUCUAUUCAACAACAUGAGGACAUUAUACAAUAUUGAGCCUAAAGGCGAGCAUUAUGGAUGCAUAGUUGAUUUCCUAGCUCGAGCUAAGAUGUUCGAAGAGGCCAAGAGAACAAUUGAACAGAUACCAAGACCAGCACGUUCAUCAGAGAAAGCAAUCGCGUGGAGAUCAUUGUUGAGUGCUUGCUGGAACCACGGAGAGUUUCGAUUAGCUGAAAUUGCUGCUCAUAACCUUAUGGAGCUUGAAGCUCAAAGUGGAGUGUAUGUUUUGAUCUCAAACAUUUAUGAGAAUUCUGGGAGGUAUGAAGAUUCAAAGAGGAUGAGGAAGAAUAUGAAAUGUAGAGGGGUGAUGAAAGUGCCUGGAUGUAGCGCUAUAGAGAUUUGCGGGCGAGUUCAUGAGUUUGUUGCAGGAGAGAAGUUGCAUCAUUGCAUUGGAGAGAUACUUGAAGUUUUGGAUGUUUUGACUGAUCAAUUGGCUGGACCAAAUGGUUGAAUGUAUCUUUUAAGUAUCCAAUUUAGCUUAACAUCGUCGAAGUGCUUAGAUUUUGUUACUUAAAACAAAUUCAUUUCAUUCAUCUUCUGACCUCUUAGGAUUUUGUAAUUAAACAGCAGUUUUUUUAGGACCGAUAUAUCAAAAGUAUAUUUGCAGCAGUCAA